GAUGUUACGAAAACAAGCGCUCCUAACAGCACACACCUUGUUCGCCCAGACAUCGGUUACCAAACACUCGAGUUGACUGCGGCUGGAAAGCUGAGUUUGCUUCUGUCUUAUCCUUGGAAAAGGAGGUUUGGAUCAUCAGUCAUGCUGAAAGCUGUGGGACAAGUGUUGUUCUCAACUGGUCUGCAGAAUCCGAAAUUCACUGCGGAGGAGAAAAAGGGACAGGACUAUGAAAUCCGCACCUACCAGCCCACUAAGUGGGUGAGCACCUCUGUGAGCGGGAUGCAGCUGGAAGCAGCCUUGUCUACUGGCUUCCGUAGACUCUUCAACUACAUCCAAGGCAACAAUAAAAACAAGGCCAAAGUGGAGAUGACGGCCCCCGUGACGUGCCACGUGAAACCCGGGGCCGGCCCUGCGUGUGAAUCUCAGUUCACCGUAUCCUUCUACAUCCCAGAGGAGCAUCAGGCCACUCCACCCGAGCCCAACGAGCCCGAGGUGUUUAUAGAGCACAGGAAGGAGUUGACGGUGUAUGUCAGGACAUACGGUGGUUUCUCCAAUGAUAACAUGAAGCGUGAAGAGCUGCUGAAGCUUAUGGAAAGUCUGAAGAGGGAUGGAGUCCAAUACAUCGAGAAACCGUACUAUGUAGCCGGGUACGACAGCCCUUUCAAACUGACCAACCGCAGGAAUGAGGUUUGGAUCCUCAAGAACGAAGAGGAGCAGUAGAGCGUUGCUGGGUCACUCUAUCCUAUCAAAAUGUUAGUGAAGGGAAUUUAAAUGUGAUGAUUUGAUACAUUUGUGUUUGACCAGAAACAAAAGUUAGAUUUGUUACUUACACUAAAAGUUACUGAUUACUCACUGAAAAACUUGAUAAGGAGACUAAUUACACGACAACUAGAGGUCCUGUCGGCCAUGUGAAGCAAUAUAACCAGCAGGUGGAGCCAAGUAGUCAAGAAAAUGUUUCUUAUGUUAACAGAAAACCCCACAAGUACGUCUUAAUUAAAAAAAAUAUAUAUAUAUUUUUAAUGAAUAUUUUCAAAAUGCACUAAUUUUAGGCUUUUGAUUGUGCAUGUUGCUAACCUCCUUUUUCACAGCAGAUGUUUGCGCCUGACAGGGCAGGGACAGCACCCAUGUGACUGAUAACAUUCACAGUGUGAGCCGGGUCCAGGGGGGGCGGUGUAGGCUGGCUCACUGUGGGAGCACACUGUGUACCUUUCCUGUGUGCGACGGACACGAAGCUUCUUGUUUUUCAUUUACACUCCCACACUAGCAGGUGAGAGCAGCCACGUGUCACUCAGGCGACGCUGCUUAGAUUUGCCGUGUCAUCAGAUGUUUCCAUCAACAAAGAUCUGUUUAAGUCAUGCUGACACCAUAAACAUAUCUAUUUUAGGAUCACUGGCUGCACUCAGAAUAUGUGAGAAUUGCAAAAGUAAACCAGAAUUUAUAUAUAUAUACAGUCUUUCCUGCAGGUCUUGUUGGAAGACUUAGUGAAAACAGUUAACCCAUAAUCAUGAAACACAAUUUCAAACAAGCUGCUUUUUCCUGCAACGUCAAGUCGAAGCCUUUGCUGUGAAAAAUGUUCAAAUAACAUGGCAACUAACUGCUACUUGUUUACACUCGCAUAUUGAUGUGACAGGACUGUGUGUAGGAAACAAAGAAAGCAAAGGAAAUGUUCGUAGUUGGGUUUUUAAGUCAGUCCUAAAAUAAUACUAGUGCCUUUAUGGACAUUAAAACACAGAUAAAUCCAGUCAUCGCUGUGUGUAAAAGUGCAGUCUGACGGCUAUUAGAUGCAACUGUGAGGCUUUGUCAGUUAGAGUUACGUGAAUCAGCAGUCAAAAUGGGGGGAAAAAUAGUUUUUUGCAGUAUAGUGAGGACUCGCA